CAUCCUAACAUCUGAGGGAGAACUAUUCAACUCAUUGUCAUGAGUCUCUCACAACUAGCUAGAGAGAACAAGAUAAUCGGGCCCGGAUAACUGGAUGCAAGCACCUUAAAUAGAGGCAGGAGAAGGUGGAUCAGAUGAUCAGAAACCGGGCAGAGUUGCACAGGUGAAUGAAAUGAAAAAUUAAGCCAGACAUCAGCGCCAAGAUCAUGACACUCAUCCUCUGAAAAUAGAAGGAGACAUGGUGGUCCAUCUAAAGUGACUGAAGAGCUGUAUGCAGUGCUCCCAGCAGUGCAGGAGAAAUGUCAUCUCUGCUUUCUCAAAACAAAGAUGAGCCACUUAUCAGAAAGUCUCUGUCUGACUCUUGUCCAGCUUCAUCUGCUACCAACACCAGGAGCCUGAGGCAUGAAAGGCUGUCUAGACUGAGCUCAUCCAGCUCAUCUGAUGUCCCAAACGACACAUCAACAAACCAUGCAGAGUCUUAUUUUUUACGAAGGGAGAACAGGCUGUCGGCAAGGAAAAAGGCAGAAGAAGAGAUGAAUAGUGACUAUAAAAAGAUGUAUGAAAAGGCACUGGCAACAAAUGAAAGGCUCAAAUCCCGACUGGAGACCAGUAAACAAGACUUGGCCACAGUUAAAGACCAGCUGCAUCAAGCACAGAAGGGGUCAGAAGAUGAUUGUAGCUCCCACAUGCUAGAAGCAGAGAAAAAGGAAAGUUGGAGCCUUAAAAAGAGGAUAUCCGAUAUGGAAGAACAGUUAAAGGUGAAAGCUGAGCUGAAGCAGGAGAACCAGAGGUUGAAGGAUGAGAAUGGGGCUUUAAUCCGUGUCAUCACUAAACUCUCCAAGUAAAACAGGAAGCAGGCGGGGGCAAGCAAGGGGGAAGCUAUUUUUAUUUCCAUUAAAGGGUGGAAGUCGACCUCUGCCUUGACGACUUUAAAGACUGUGGAUCUGCUGAGACUCUCAUGACAUUUUGCAUUGUUGUUAUAUUGGUUGUGUAAAAAACAAUAAAGUUCUUUAUAAGGCUGA